AUGAUCGUACCACUGGAUCGAUCGAGCAUCGAGCGCUGCUCGUGGCUCAAAAAAGACCGACCUGCUGACCUCGCCACGGUCGCGUCGUUAGGCGUCAUGACACGCCUUGCGGUGAUUCUCGUGGCGCUCACGCUGCGAGCUGUAGCGGGUGACCCUGCGAUGGAAGAAAACUGCAAAUACGACGCCAACGCCUUUGCCCUCUGCGGCCGAAAAUGCCGAUCGGAGCCCAAGGGACGCGCACGAGCCGAUUGUGGGGUCACUUGCUUGAUGGAACAUGUAGAAGGACUCCGUGGACACUGCGCGGGCUGCUUCGGAGCGCAACUCGAUUGUGCUCUGUCGAAUUGCUUCUACAUCUGCCCCCGGCAGCCGGCCUCGGCCUUCUGUCGCCGCUGCCGGCGCGAACGAUGUUCGCCCUGCGGCGACGAAGAUGAUGACAGCAACGACGAGGAAGGCGAAGUCAACGAACUGAGGCCGUAA